AUGGCAUGCCGUGUGCUUUUCCGGUCGAAAUUGCUGUUAAAUUAUACUCGUGUCACUAGUGUUAGUGCACAGUCAUCUUUAAAAAUGUCAAUUUCGAAAAAUGAAUUAAAAAGGCAAUUGAAAGCAGAACAAAAGGCGAAGGAGAAAGCUGAGAAAGAGAAACAGCAACUUUUGAAAGCUUCGGAAACGAAAGAGAAAGUUGAAAAACAAGAAGAUCCGACAGAUGCCGCCGAAUACUUCAGGAUCAGAUCGCAAGCUGUGGAGCAGUUAAAAGCAGUUGGGGAAUCACCGUACCCUCAUAAAUUUCAUGUAUCUAUUUCACUCACUGAAUUUAUAGAGCAGUAUAAUAGUUUAGAUGCGGGCGAAAUUUUGAAAGAUGUUACUGUUAGUGUUGCCGGUCGAGUUCAUGCAAAAAGAGAAUCUGGAGCCAAACUCUUAUUUUACGAUCUCCGAGGUGAAGGGGUUAAAAUCCAAGUUAUGGCUCAUUCUAAUCAUUACACCUCCGAAGAAGAAUUUUUAAAAAUCAAUGGAAGGAUACGAAGAGGAGAUGUUAUUGGAUGCAUCGGCCACCCAGGAAAAACGAAAAAAGGUGAACUCAGCAUUAUACCUACAUCACUUCAAAUUUUAGCACCGUGCCUUCACAUGUUGCCUCAUCUUCAUUAUGGUUUGAAAGAUAAAGAAACCCGAUUUAGGCAGAGAUAUUUAGACUUGAUCUUAAAUGAUUUUGUUCGACAGAGAUUCAUAUUCCGUGCUAAGGUUACAAAUUAUAUUCGUAAUUUUUUUACUCAGCUUGGAUUUCUUGAAGUUGAGACACCAAUGAUGAAUAUGAUACCAGGUGGUGCAACAGCAAAACCAUUCAUUACUCAUCACAAUGAACUUGACAUGGACUUAUAUAUGCGUGUUGCACCUGAAUUAUAUUUGAAAAUGCUUGUUGUAGGUGGUCUGGACAGGGUGUUUGAGAUAGGUCGCCUUUUCAGAAAUGAAGGUAUUGAUUUGACCCAUAAUCCUGAAUUUACAACUUGUGAGUUUUACAUGGCAUAUGCAGAUUACAAUGAUUUGAUGCAUAUAACUGAGUCUUUAAUAUCAAAUAUGGUAAAGUCUUUAAAAGGAUCAUAUAAAAUAACAUAUCAUCCAGAUGGACCUGAAGGUGAAGAAUAUGAAAUAGAUUUUACACCACCAUUUAAAAGAGUAAGUAUGUUAUCUGGUCUGGAAGAAGCCAUAGGAGAAAAAUUACCUAAACCAGAAGAUCUUCAUUUACCUGAAUCUAAUAAAAGGUUGUCAGAUUUGUGUGUGAAACAUGAAGUUGAAUGUCCCCCACCACGUACUACUGCUAGGCUAUUGGAUAAAUUAGUUGGACAUUUCCUUGAAGAACAUUUUGUCAAUCCUACCUUUCUUUGUGAUCAUCCAGAAAUCAUGAGCCCACUGUCAAAGUGGCAUAGAUCAAUCCCUGGCCUUACUGAGAGGUUUGAAAUGUUUGUCAUGAAGACCGAGGUUGUUAAUGCUUACACAGAAUUAAAUGAUCCGGUUGUCCAACGUAAAAGAUUUGAGCUGCAAGCACAAGACAAAGCUGCUGGAGAUGAUGAAGCACAACUAAUUGAUGAAAACUUCUGCACUGCCCUUGAAUAUGGACUUCCUCCAACAGGUGGGUGGGGAAUGGGUAUUGAUAGAUUUGUUAUGUUACUUACAGACACUAACAAUAUAAAAGAAGUUCUGUGCUUUCCUGCUAUGAAGCCAGAAUCUAAUGUCAAACCCAAAGAAGAAAUUGAAACAAAAACUGCUGAGAAAAUUUAACUGCCCCUCCCCCAAAAAAAGCAAGGUUGUUUUUUAAUGCAACAUAUUUAUUUUGUUGGAAGAGCUUUAGUAUUGGUCCUUUUGGCAAUUUUUUGAUUUGGCGACAAACUUCUGUCGCCAAGGUAGACCCGGCUUUGAAGAUCGGGAAAAAAUGUCGGAAACGCUGCCGUAAAUGAAUUUAUGGCAGUAAUUGUGUUAUGAGUAAUGAUAUUUACAAAAGGUUAAUAGGUAAAAGUUUACAAUUGGGUGCCCCUUGUUUUUUGGCGAUUCUUUUUUGACGCUAAGAUCGGUGCCAGGAAGGCACAAUUCAAGAUGGCCGCUAUACAAAAUCAAAA